UUAAUAUAUAUUUUGCCCCUUUAUCAUAGGUGUGUCAUCACUGUACGGUAUAAUUGAUUUUUAAUUACUAUUGUUUGACGAGUGUAUAUGACGUAACAAAAUUUAAUAUUAAAUAUUUAAAUAUUUCAAGUUUGCUGUUGAAAUUUCAGGAUUAUUUUUAGGAAAAAGAGGAUACUUUUCCCAUAUAGAAAACAAUAUGGAGUUUUUAAUUUUUCUGAUGCUGAUUGAAUGUGUGGCAUUUAAUAUCAAGCCAGUUUACAGUACAGAAAUAGGUGCCACUUGUAUUUCACAUUGGGAUUGCGAGAGUAAGACGGUUGAUAACCUCAUAUGUGAAUCGAGUGUCUGCGUGUGUGAUACCGGUUACAGACCCGUGGGUACUCUUUGCGAAGCAGUUCUAGACGGGAACUGCACGGUAAAUUCUGACUGUUAUACGUAUUUAAGCACCUCAGUGUGCACGAAUAAUACAUGCAGUUGUACAACUGGGUACAAACCGGACAAUAUUCUAUGCACGGAGGUGCUUGGGAGUGCAUGCACGGCGACCGCUGACUGCGACGUUACGAACUCAAUUUGUUCAAACAAUGUGUGCGCCUGUGCCCCUGGAUAUAGAGAAGGUUUUACCUCUUGUGUGCAAGUUCUAGGCGAGAGCUGUAAGGCGGAGUCUGCAUGUACUACGUAUUAA